GUAAACGCCAUGCAACGUCUCCUACUUUGCUGCCUGCUUUUUGGCACUAUCCUUAUGACGAAUAUCCAUGCUCAGAACAUCAAUGAGACCAUCGAUUUGGAGAAGUUAGCCCGUAGAGUGCUUCCUCCCGCUCUCCAGACGCGUGUUAUUGGUGGCCAUGUGACGACCAACGAGAAGUUGGGUGGAUAUUUAAUGGCACUGAGUUACUACGGCUUCUUUAUCUGCGGUGGCACCUUGAUCCGGGAUAAUAUUGUCCUGACGGCGGCCCACUGUUUUGAGAACCGGGAAAUUAAAGAGGGUUGGACUGUGAUCGGUGGCAUCUCUAGACUCAACGAGCAUGGUGUUCGCCGCUCGGUGAAGAAAAUCAUCAAGUCCGCCGAGUUCAGAAUGGAAAACAUGAACAUGGACGUGGCUGUUUUGCUGUUGAAUAGGCCCAUGGAGGGCAAAUCCAUCGGUCUACUAUCACUGUGCACUACGCCAUUGACUCCUGGCAAGACACUGGUCGUUUCCGGCUGGGGCAUGACAGAUCCGUCGGCCAGUGGUCCAGCUCAAUUGCUGCGAACGGUCACCGUGCCUGUGAUUGAGAAGAAGUACUGCCGCGAAGUCUAUCAGGAUUCAGCCUCCAUAUCGAACAGCAUGUUCUGUGCCUCCGUUUUGGGAAAGAGAGAUGCCUGCACCUACGACUCUGGAGGUCCAUUGGUCUACAAAAACCAGGUCUGCGGCAUCGUGUCCUUUGGAAUCGGAUGUGCCAGCCAUCGAUUUCCAGGCGUCUAUACGGAUGUCUUUUAUGUUAAGCCCUUCAUUGAAAAAAGUAUAAAAUCGCUGCUAUCGCACCGAACCGGUUAAUAAAAUCUCGGCAAUAAGGCAUUCGGAGCAUAAUUAAAAGAGGUCUUCAUUUUUAUAUUUUAUAUAUCAAAAUGUUUUGAGAAUCUGAUUUAAGAAUAUAAACAUUUUUUUAAAACCAAA